UCAAAAUCUGUGCGAACUUUCUUUGCACUACCUCCGACCCACCAUGUCUUGCAAAACUACUAGAACUUCGCAUACAUCACGCAUUCAGUACUGGAUCAGACCCUAUAAAGAUCUUUCAUAAAAGCUGUUCCUCCGUCGCUCACAUUGCCCAGCGACAUGAACAGCGCGGGGCUUCAAGCCCAAUUGCUUGAAGAAUAUUCCAAAAUUCUCGACGCGUCCACAGUUCUGGCGAUACUUUCGGAUUUCAAUCUCUCGGAUCCGUUGCAGCUUGAGGAAGCACGGCAAACACUCGAGAUUCUUAAGUCGACAGUCAGCACUGAUGAGGCUACUGGAUUUGAUCCAAGCGGCGCAAGCGGACUCGAUGCCCUCAUCGAUGACCAAGAUAGUGCGAGAGGGGACAAUGAGAGCGUGAGCGCCAGAAGCGGGGCACGAGGAUGGAGGAGUCAGACAGACGACACAUCUUUGAACCAGGAUCUGUCCUCCUUGGACCUUGAAGGACUAGACUUUUCAGAAGGCAGCAGGGAGGAGAGCCCCGAUCACUCGUAUCCAAGCCCACUCGACGACCUAGAUUCGGACGACAAAGAAAAGGUUCUGGUGGGCAUGUUUCCGGCCUUGAAAGCGUUCGAUAUCAAGUGGACCUUGAAGAAAUGCAAAGGAGACGCGGGCCUUGCUAUUGAUGAACUCAUGACACAAUCCUUCCUAGAAGAGAGCGGUACCCGUCAUCGUGGUAUAGAAGCUUUCUCGGAGAGUGAAGCUGCCCUACGACCACGGAAGGGCAAGGGCAAGAAGAAACGCAAAACAGAAGAACGUCAGAGCAACAAAGAUCCUGCUACGAAUGCCGAGAUUCUAGCUAGUAAAUGGGAUACAGGGCGACAAGAUGUGCAAUUCAUAGCAGACAAAACUGGCAUGCCAAUGCAGCAAGUCAGUUCGAUUUACCACAAUAACCGCGGUUCAAUAUCAACUACAGUCGCAGCAAUCGUCGAGGCGCACAAAGCUUUAAACAUAGAAUCCGACGAUCCUAUGGUACAAAUCAAUGCUGCAGAAAUCAGACAAGACUUCCCUUCCAUAUCAGUCUCCGAUAUGGAAAUCCUAGUUCAGAUCACGUACCCCUCGAUCAGCCAUGCAAGGGAUCUUGCGAAGGCGCUCGCUUCUCGACCCACCAACAAUUCUGGAAUACAACUCGAUAUCCGCCAUGCGCCUCUCAACUUGGACGAACCAGUCAAGGUCAAGCCUAGAGCACAUAACGCUGUACAACCUCUAGACGGCGCUGUGGCUGCAGCAAUGGUAUCUGGUUAUCACGAAGCUCGCCAUACCGCUUUCACGCAGGCUCAAGCUGCGUACAAAAAGGGCAAAUCGGAUCCGUUGAUGGGAGGAGCGGCUGCAUACUACUCCCAAGUUGGCAGGGAUCUCGAUGCCAGAGCUAAGAGUGCUGAAAGUGCAGCUGCAGAUGCAUUGGUGGCUGCUCAGAGCACGAGAACGGAGCUAGAUCUGCACGGUGUGAAUGUUAAGGACGCUGUAAGGAUCAGCAGGGAAGGUGUUACAACUUGGUGGCAUGAGUUAGGUGAGGGAAAGAUUGGUGGGAGAAGUGUCGGAAGCGGGUAUCGUAUCGUCACUGGUGCUGGGAGGCAUAGUGAAGGUGGGAGAAGUAAGUUGGGUCCUGCGGUGGGAAAGAUGUUGCUGAGAGAAGGCUGGAAAGUUGAAGUUGGUAAUAAUGGUGGACUUUUACUCGUCACUGGCCCGGCGUCGAGGAAAUGACGUGCAUUUUACUGGCGAUCUUGUUGGCAUUUUGAGGGGUUUGGGGGUAAGAUGUGUGUGGCAUCCUGGGCGUUUGAGUUUUAAUGUUUUUAUGUCCAUGAUACCAUGAGCUAGGUGUUAAGAUAUGGCUCAAGUACAGUACAGAUAUGUAUAUCUCCUGUUAAUAGAGUACAGAGUUCAAUUUUGAAAUCAUAGUAGCCGCGAG